GUCUCCACUCCCUGAAGAUGUCUUCCUACAGACAGAUGAUCAGCUCCCGCUGCCUUGCACCCUGCGAAGUGACCUGCCCACAGCCAAUUGCAAAUGCCUGGAGCCAGCCCUGUGUCACCUCUUGUGGUGAUUCGAGAGCUGUGAUCUACCCACCCCCUGUGGUCAUGACGUUCCCAGGACCCAUUCUUAGCUCCUGCCCCCAGGAGAGCAUAGUGGGCAGCUCAGCACCAUCCAGCACUGGGAGCUUCUUUGGAUCAAUAAGCUCUCUGGGUAACAGCAGCUCCUAUGGCUCUAGGAGCUUAUACAAUUAUGGGAGGUCAUAUUUUCCCUAUGGAUCCAGUGGUUAUGGUUUUGGAAGCUGCAGACCAUGUUAAAUGUGUAAUGAAGAAGAAGCAAUCACCCAACACAGUGGAAGAUGUGCCUGCACAACUCCUGUUACUGGCACUGCUUUCCUGGAGCAUGAACUGUGCAUUGCUAAAAAU